UCUCCUCCUCCUGCCAUCUCCAUCUCAUCUCCUCCUCCUCCUGCCAUCUCAUCUCAUCUCCUCCUCCUCCCAUCUCCAUCUCAUCUCCUCCUCCUCCUGCCAUCUCCAUCUCAUCUCAUCUCCUCCUCCCAUCUCCAUCCUGUUUGUCACCCGGCCUCUUCAAGUCGUUAAUCCCCACAGGGAAGUGUGUUCCUGCUACUCAGCCAGCAGACAAAGAGCCACCAACAGCCAGAUGUCAGUCAGAACCCUGGACCAUUCAGACCAGAGUAAUUCCAUACCCUCACCUUCAGCAUGCAGACAAGACGCAUGACGUGUUGGCAGACCCUUGUUAAUACCCUUCAUAAUUCACCUUUGUGUGUGUGUGUGUGUAUGUCUGUGUGUUUCCACUCUGCUGACGUUCAAGUCCUAACUGGUGGACAAAGAUGGGACAUGGUUCUCUAAACGGUUGUAAUGCAUUGGACACUCAUUAUAAUGGUGUGUGUGUGUGUGUGUGUGAUUGUCAAAUUUGGCUCGUGGCCCCGGUGGUCUCGGGAACCUCCGUCACUCAGGUUCAGGUAUAAAAGAGAGGGCCAGAGACAGAGACACACACACACUCUCUCAGACACACACACCCACAGACGGACAACAGUGCUGAAGUGGACAACUCAUCGGAAGAGAAAAGUGAUCGACUGGUCGGAGGAGAGACAGAGAAGAGAAUACUUUUGAAACAGCGUGACGAUGCUGUGUCCUGCGUGGUUAUUGGCUGUGGCUGUGGUGGGUGUGGUCAGCGGGGUUAAAGGUCAGUGCUGGGAGAAUCCUCGCUGUCAAGACCUCAACUCUGAGAACAGCAUCCUGGAGUGCAUCCAGCUCUGUCGUUCUGACCUCACCGCCGAAUCUCCCAUCUUCCCUGGCGAGGUCCAUCUCCAACCCAACUCCCCCUCUGACUUUCCUCCCCCUCCUACCUCUGUCCCCCCCUCUCCCCUGUCCCCCUUGGAGCAGCAGAACAUCAUGUCCCCCCAGGCCAAGCGAUCCUACUCCAUGGAACACUUCCGCUGGGGGAAGCCUGUGGGAAAGAAGCGCCGCCCGGUGAAGGUCUACACCAAUGGUGUGGAGGAGGAGUCCUCCGAGGGCUUCCCCAGCGAGAUGAGACGAGAGCUGGGCACCAACGAGGCCAUGUACCCCUCCCUGGAGGCUGGGGCUGUGGAAGGGGGAGAGGGCCUGGGGGGCGAGGCGGAUGGCCUGGGUGGGGUGUUUAGUCUUCAGGAGAAGAAAGACGGCUCGUACAAGAUGAACCACUUCCGCUGGAGCGGACCGCCCGCCAGUAAGCGCUAUGGAGGGUUCAUGAAGAGCUGGGACGAACGUAGCCAGAAACCACUGCUCACUCUGUUCAAAAAUGUCAUCAUCAAAGACGGACAGCAGAAGAGAGAGCAGUGAGGGGGGAGAGGGGAAGGGAGAAUAGGUGAGUAA